AAAGCUGCAAGUUAAAAGACAAGGAUUAGAUGGGUCAUCUUUGGCAUCUGCUCACAGCGGCUUCUAGGACGGGGAGAAAAGCAACCCGAGGCACGGAAGCGGGAUUUGCAUCACAGUUUAAAGCAUUCAAAAUUCACAAAAAACCCGAUUUCUUUCACUGUUUAAAAUCUUAAAUAUAGAGAACAGGUGAUUAAUCAAUUAAACAGCUGAUUAACAAGCUCAACCCAACAAAUUGGAUGUCACAGGGAACACAACCAAUGGUGACACUUGCAACGGCAUUGCUUAAAACCUGCCAUUUCACUUCUUUGUGACAACAGAGUUUGGGUUUAAUUUACAAUUAAUAAUUUUAGGAGCAGUAAGCAAAGCAUGAAACACCCCUGUCGGAAGGGUGACGAGGGAUGAGUUGGAAGUGGAACCAUUUAGGUGGAGAACUCCAACCAGCUCCAACUGGGAGGAGCUGAGCCGAGGCCAGAGCGGUUUCCAGGAGGACACUCCCAUGAGCGUUCUCAUGGGUGAAGAGCAAACCCUGCAAGAAUUCACAGGGUGGGACGAGGCUGGAAUUCUGUGGGUAGAAAAUAUCCGAUCUCUCCAAGAGCUUAAAUAGAAAGGGUUUGAAACAGAGAGGAGUAAAAUCAUACAGGAACAACAAAAAUAAAUCUCCACACAAAAAGCACCGUAGUCAAGGGAAGUGGGGCAUGGUUUGGGUGAAAUCACUGAGAAUUCGGUUCUGUGAGGUGGGAAAAGAAGAAGGUACAAAUACAGGGAGAGGAAAAUGAAACACCACAGAGUUCUGGAGAGAAAAUCACACAGGGCUUUGGGCUGGAAGGGACCUUAAAGCCCAUCCCAUUCCACCUCCUGACAUUCCACACCUCCUGUUAUCCCCAGGCACUCCAAGCCCCGUCCAAGCAGGUCAGGGAUGGAGACUGAGAUCAGUGAAACAUCAAAGAGCGGCAAAGUCCUCGUGCAGCUCCUCGGGGACCGAGCGGGGACACCGGGAAUUCUGGAUUCAGGGUGAGGACAAAGCAGCAGCCACAACAUCAGCGCGUCCCCAGCUCCGUCCCCGUUCCCAACUCCGAACACAGCACUGCUGGAGGAGCAGCUGCAAAAACUCCCAACCCUGUCCCAACCCAAAGCAGGAAAACUCCAAACCCGGGAAUUCCUCAUUUCCCCCUUGUCCAUCUGUUGUCUCCUGGAACUGGACUCUUCUUGCAGUCACACACGAGGUUUUCCAGGAGUUUUCCCGGCCGUUCCCGAAGCUCCGCGCUGAGUUCCUGCGGCGCCGAGGUUCUCAUCUCACCAACGCCGUCACGGGGUUUUGUUUUCCAAGCUCGUGGAAGUCGACUCCAGCUGGAUGUUUUUCCAUGAGCAGAGGUUCACACUGAGAUCACAGCUCAAGGAAUAAACCUUACAGGGAAUGACCAAACACAGGUGCAGGACAGGAGGAUUUUCCAGCACAAUUCCCAGAGUUUGUUCCCAUCUGGGUGUGAGGUUUUUUGAGGAAUUAUUUAAUUUGAACCGAGUACAAACUGUUGAGGCUCGGAAAAAACGUGAAUCCUAUUAAUCCUCUCCAAGCAAACAAUAACCAGAUUCUCACCAGAAAGCAUUCCCAAAAUUCCGGCCUCUCACCCAAUAUUCCUCCUCCCUCCAUAAAUUAAAUCGGAUUUCAACAGGAGCUGCAUGUGAAGCCAAGUUUGUUCCAGAGGGUUUCCAAACCAAUGUGAACCAACAUUCCCCGAGCCACCUCCUGCCUCGCUGUUUGCAUCUUCUCUGGAAUUCCCAGCACUGGAGGACAAAAAUUCCCUCUAAGCCCAUCCCAGUGAUGAGCACUUGGAGAAGGAACACUGUCAAAGCCACCCAUCACCAGGACAACCACGAAUGGAUCAGAGGAGCAAAUCUGAAACACCACCAACCUUAAUUCCACGGAUCAGGAACCUCCCGAAGGAGGGGAAAACCCAGAAUUCCCAUAGGAUGAGUUUUUACCUCUCCAGGUAUUUCCAGGUGCUGCAUCUCACAUGGACAGCUGGGAGCAGGGAAGCUUCCGCAGCGAAUCAGGGAUAACAACUCACCUCUGCAAACCUCAGGGAUGGGAUCCAGGUUGGGAAAGACCUGGAGCAACCUGGUCGAUGGAAAAUGUCCCCAUCCAUGGUAGGGGGUGGCACAGGAUGGGAUUUGAGGUCCCUUCCCACCCAAACUAGUCUGGGAUUCUAGGAAGGGCUGCGGACAAGGAGCUCCUGAGUGACCUUUCCAAGGAAAUGCUGGAAAUGCUUCUAAGGAAAUGCCAAGAUGGUGGAAACAAUGGUCUGGAGAUAUCAGGGAGAGCCUCACCUUCCCCUUCCAGGCAGCUUUGAUUGGGAAGUGUCGGAGCCUCGGAGGCGCCGUUGCUGGGACAGGGACACCACAGCAGGGACCCAGCUCCGAGCUGGGGCUGCAGUGACACUGGACGGAAAUCAGGUGGAAUCAUGGAACGGUUUGGGUGGGAAAAGAGCUUAAAUCCCAUCCAAUCCCACCCCCAGAUCAGGGAUACUUCCACUGUUCCAGCCUGGCCUUGGGCACUGCCAGGGAUCCAGGGGCAGCCACAGCAAAUCUGGGAAUUCCAGCCCAGCCCCUGCCCACCCUCCCAGCCAGGAAUUCCUUCCCAAGAUCCCAAUCUCCACUUUUCCUAUUUGGAGCCAUUCCCUGGCUCCUGUCCCUCCAUCCCUCAUGUCCCAAGCCCCUCUCCUGCUCUCCUUCAGGCUCUGAGCUCUCCCUGGAGCUCUCCCUUCCCCAGGAGAACAUUCCCAGCUGAUCCCUGGGAACGGCAAUCCCAGAACUUCAGAGCACAACACAAAAGCCGAACGACGCCUUCCUUGCUUUCCCCUCAAGUUCCUGCCUCCAUUUUUCCAGGCUUCCCAAUACACAUGGAGAAAUGGAAAGUUCUGGAUUCUGAACUCUCCCUGGUGUCUGCAGAGCCUGAAUUAAAACACAGAGCAAGAAUUCCUGCACAGAGGAAAAGGGCAAGGAACCUGCACCAGCACAGAAUCCUGGGAUUAUCCCGGCUGGAAAACUUUGGGAUCAUCCAGUCCAAGCUGUGCCCGAUGCCCACCUUGGCACCGGGUGCCACAUCCAGGAAUUCCUUGGAGACCUCCAGGGAUGGGGAUUCCAAAGCUCCCUGGGCACUUCCAAGGCCUGACCACCCUUUCCAUGAGGAAAUUCCUGCUGAUGUCCAACCUGCCCCUCCCCUGGCCCAUCCUGAGGCUGUUCCCUCUUAUCCCGUUAUUCCCUGGGAUCAGAUCUCAAAUCCCCCUCCCUGUCAGGGAGUUGUGGAGAGCCACAAGGUCCCUCUGGAGCCUCCUUUUCUCCAGGAGCUCCAGGAGAAGGCAGAAGCAGAUUUCUCCCGUUAUACAGAAGGUUCAUCCAAAAGGAAAUUCCAAAAGGAGAAUUUCCUGACUUGUCCCUAUAAAUAACAUGGAAUUUUCUGGCUCUGUGCUAACUCCAGGGCAGAUGAACAAAGCUGGAACCAAAGCCAUGCCUGGGAAGCUGCUGUGCCUUUCCAAGAGCUUCUCCAGAACUGACCACAUCCCCAUGGAUCUGACCGUGUCCAGUCCCAAGAUCUGGAUCUCCUUUGGAGAUUCCCUGCUCUUCCUUUGUUGGAUGCCAAAAUCUUGGAAUGUUCUGGAAGAACCUGGAUUUUCCUCUUCCUUCCUGAGCUGCCCAACACCACGAUGGCAUCCAGAGGGUGCCAUGGUCCUUCCCUCGGAGAAUUCCUCAUCCACAGCAGCUCAGACGUUCUCUCAUCAAGGUCAGGACUUGGGCAAGGCAUUCCCAGCCCUUUUCCUGCAUCUUGGAAUUCUUUCCCAUGAUUCUGGAUGGCUCUGGGCACUUCACCACCCUCUGGAUCCUGGGAUUGUCACCUCCAGACCUCCCCUUGCCAGCACAACCCCACCUUGAGGGGACAUCCCAAUUCCAGCAGGAGCUCCUGGAUUCUCCAGGUUAUCCGUGGUCUCCAUCCAUUUUAUCCCUCCAUCCUGGGAUCUUCCAGCUCCUCCUGCAUGGUCCAAAUCCAGCAGAGCAUCACAGAUCCAGGUGGGCUGGCAUUCCAGGUUCUGCCAUUCCAGGUGGGCUGGCAUUCCAGGUUCUCCCAUUCCAGCAGGACCACCUGCCUGCUCAGGCAAAAAUUCCCAGGAUUUGAGAGGUGAAAGCAGCUCCAAGCAAAAUCCUUCCUGGGGACAUUCAGGUUACCAGCUCCAGAUCCAGCAGGAUCUCAGCUGGGAUCAGUGGAUUUGGAAUUCCAAGAGCCAGGAUCACUGGGAAUGUUCCAGCCAAACCAGGACAUACCAGGGAUUGGGAUGUGUCCUGGAGGAUGAGGAGGAAGAGGAAGGCAGAAUGGGAAUGGUCCUGGAGCACCUGGAUAAUGGGAAGAGGCCAAAUCCCAGCCUGGAAAUUUGGAUUUCCCAGGAAAAAGAGAACAGCAAAGGCUGAGCUGGAAUUGUAAAGCCUGAAGGAAGCAGAUCCUAAAAAAGGACCAGGAUGGGAAAGGAAGCACUUGAAUAAGAAAAUUCCUGGGAUGAGGUAAAACCAUGGGGGAAAAGGGACCCAAACCCCAAGAGAAGUUAUUCCUCCCACUCCGUGCCAUCCUGGAAGCCAAAGUCCCAUUUUCCCACCCCUCUAUCCCAAUUUUCCUAUGGACAAGGACACUUGGCAGCUAAGGAAUAUCCCUUCACCACUCCAGGCUCAUUCCCAGCCCAGGGAAAGCCAAACUCAGCUCCCAAAUCCCAAACAAAACUCCCAGCAAAAGUUCAUUCCAUCCCAAGCAGAACAUCAACACCAGCCGUGGAAUCUACUGGAAUAUUCCCAAAAUUCUGCCCCAUCCCAGCCUUUGGGGCAGGAGGUUUCUAUCCAGACACACCAAAAGAAAAAAAAAUAUAAAAAUCAGGACAAGUCUUUCAACCAAGAAUUCCUGAAACAGGACCAAAAUCAGGCAUUUUAACACCAGGAACCUCCCUCAAAUUCCACUUUCGGAGCAGCACAAAGUUUUAUAAAUGGAUUUAAACACCAGCAACAGGUCCCUGACACUAUCACAGACAUUCCUGCCUAAAAUUCCCCACCAAAAAAGCCCAAAUUCCACACAGAAUAUUUAACUGAUGGCUAUGAAGUAGGAAAACAAGUUUUAUUUACCUUCAAGAGUGAAAGAUAAAAGGGAAACACCCAGAUCAGCUCCUUGUCUGGCAGCAAAAUCAACUCAGAUCCCAAAUUGGGGAAGGAAAAGAGGGAAGAGAAGGAAUCCAGGUUUUGGAAGCCUUUGGAAAACCCCACCCUUGGAUAAAUAUCCUCAAUUUCAGCAGAAUUUGGGGAAGAAGCUGGGCUGGUCCCUUCCAUCCCCACAGCCCAGGGGCAGAUUUAAAUGGGGGAAAAGAAAUUAAAAAUGGAAUUCAGGAUACUCCUUUUCCUUAGGGAAUGUCUGCUCCCAAAGAAAAUCAUGAGCUCAUGUCAGAUCCACCCUCUCUGAUGCUCCUAGCAGCUGACUGAAGGUUUUGGAUGUCCAGGGAAGGAUCCCACAGGAGAGAAAGGAGCAAAAAACCCCAAACCAACAACAUUUAAACAUCAUUCUGGGCAGGAAUGAGAUUUUUUUUGGGGAGGUUGGUUGGGUUCUGAGUCAAAAAUCCUAUUGGGUUUUAUGUAAAAACUCUUAUAAACUAUUCUAUAAAAUGAGAUUUUUAAAAAAUUUAAAUAGCCACCCACACUACAGUUCUGAUUUAUAAUAAGACUAAAAACAUCCAAGGAGCCUGUGCCUAAAUCGCAUUUUAAAAAAGGUUAAAUCCCCCAAAAGAGGAAGUUCCUGCAAACCACGUGAUGCUACUGAGCUACAACACUUGCCCUUCCGUAAAAACCAAUUUUCUCCGGGUAUUUUACCCGAUUCUGCUCAAUUAUUCCCGUAUCAAAGCAGAAAAAAAAAAAAAAGGGGAAAUUGGCGCUUUUAACCCCAAAGCACGAGGAGGUGCCUGAGGUCACGUCCAGGUCCUGAGGUGCAAACCCAAUCUGAGGCUGGUGGUGCUCUAUUUAGGGCCAAUUUUAACCCAACCCCACAACUCUCAACAUCCAUAUCCCAUCAUUUUAACGUCUAAAUGCUGAAUUUAUGUAUUUAAAAGCCUGAGUAAGCAUUAAAUUAAGGCACUGAGCGUUGUUUGACGUGCAAGGGAAUGGAGGGAGGACCAGGGCAGCGUUUCCCUCCCUUCAAACCGCGUAAACCCGAGACUAAAAUAUCUAAAAACCAGAUUGAAAUCCGUGCCGGGUACAAAAUGUGGCGAAUCCCUUGCGGGGUGGCGGCUGCGCUGCAGGUCGGUGGCUACGGGGCGGCUUUAUCCGCGUGCAGAAAGAAAAAGGAUAAAAGAUUAACGACAAAGGGGCUAAUGUUAUGAACAAAAAAAAGGUUACCGUUUUUUUUUUCUAAGAAAAGGAGCAGCAGAGGAGUUUUUGAGUUGAUCUGAGAGUUGAGCGUUGGCCUAGAGUUAUUUGUUAGUGAAAUGUUGUAACCGCCAGUUAAAUAUCCUUAAGUAUCGCCAUUUGACUCUCUAUUGUAAGGAUUCUUGUUUUCCAGCACCACCCCAGUCUGUUGCCAGGAGGAUGACAACCCCCCCCUGGGACGGUGGGGAGAGGGGGAUAUUUGUAUCUCAGGAGACAUGCAAAUUUCCCCCAAACCCAGACUACUUUGGGACAGGACCUUUACCAAAUCCUGGAAAAUACCCCAAAAGAGACCAGCCGAAGCAGAACUAAAAGGUCAGAGUGGUGUCCCGACAGCAGGGCCGAGGUCCGAAGCCAGCAGAGACGCUUGAAAACCUCGGUCACUCCUCGCCCCAGAUGUAAACGAUGCCAGUCGGACCCAGGACCCGCUGGACUGACAACCCAAACGGAGAAACCCUGGGUAUACCCCACUGCCUUCCAAGGACAGGACUCCCGGCUCUGCCCCCAUGGGGACAGAGCAGUAAAUCCUCCUCUUAUGAUUCACUGCUGGGAGCGACGGCAGAACUCCGCGGAUCUGCCAAACUCCCCAUUCUCGAGCUGAUCACUUUAAUAAAGGCAUUGAAAGGAGGAGAAUCUCCUGCCCUGUUUAUUUCAGCUAGCAAAUAAAGGAAUAAUGGAGAAGGGAUUAAAAAAAUAAACAAUAAACACCCACAGCCCGGAGCUCCUCAUGAGGGCCCCUCAGCCGCACCCCCCCCCCCAGCCGCCAUUACGCGCGUCCCCCUCAGCCC